CUCAUGUUGAUUCUUGCAAUUCUGCCAUCAGCAGGAACCAGAAGCAGACUGACUUCAGAGAAGCAUACACAACAGCUGGCCACUGCUUUGCACCAUUUUGACAGUGGCACAACUAUAUCAAAAAGGAAAUCCUCAAAAUCCCACCUGAAAUAUGGGAAACAUAAGCAGCCAAGAACAAGUGGAGCCUGACCCCUGGUGGGAGCCAAACCAGCUACAGCACUACAGCACGCAAAAUGUGCCUUCACACACUGACCCACAGGAGUCAGAUGCCACAGUCUGUAAGACACAUACACAAGAAACCACAAGACCAUGUGAAGAAAUGAUACUGUCAGAAACAACAUGGCAACGGAGGGAACUAACACUCGGACAAACCAUCCAACACCUUGCAGAAGAGAAUAUGCGACUAACUGUUGCAAGGCAGGUUGCUGAGAAGAGACUGGAUGAAAUGCAUGCAGAGUUUAAAGCAGAAACACAACGGACUUCUGAAGAACUGAACAGAGUGCGUGGUGAAGCAGAGAAAACUCAGCAAAUGUUUAAGAAACUCCAUGCCCAGAUACAGGCAGGUAGGGAAGACAGACAGAUGAUCACCUUAGAAAUGGAGCGGAUAAGGUCUGGUUUUGAUGCAGAAAGAGAAGCAAAGGAGGAAGUGAUUGCUGAGAUGAGGAAAUUAAGGGAAGAACGGGAUAAAAAUGCAAGAGAAUUAGAAAACAUCAAAGAACAGUUAAUGCGUGAAAGGAAGGUGGUGGAGGAAAUAACAGCAAUGCUUAGUCAGGAAAGGGAAGAGAAAGAACAUGUCAUGGAAGAACUAGAGAGAAUGAAACAGGAACUGAAAACUGCCAAGAAAUCGUUAGUCUCAACUGCAGUUGAUUUGCAAACACAAAGCAUGCCAGAGGAACAGAGGAUGCAAGAAAGUGAAAGCCUUGGGACUGAGGGGUGUGCAGCAAUGCGAUUGAGAAGUCCAGAGGUAAAGGCAGAAUUGGAGAGGUUUCAAGCAGAAGCAAGUACAAGAAGAGAAGCCAUGCAACGUGUAAUGCAUGCUGUAUCUUCAGAACUUCAGAGAUUAAGGAGAGAACUGACUGCUGAACGUGAAGCUAGACAACAACUGGAAAAGAAUAUGCUGCAUGCUGGUAGCACCAAGAAAUCAAAACAAGAAGAGACAUUAACCCUUGAACUGGAACAAGUACAGCAGAAAAUGAAAGCAGACAAGAAGAGACUCAAACAACUUAGUCAAGAAAAUGAAAGGUUGCAGUUUGAAUUAGAGAAUGAACAUCAAAUUCUUAGAGAGAGGACUGAUGAUCUAGAGAAGAUGCAGACACAGUUGGAAUCUGAACGUGAACACACUCAGAAUCAAAUAAUGGCUCUCAAGGAAGUGGCAACUAUAAGCAAACAAUUGUUGUUAAUAAGGGAAGGACAGGUAAUGCAGUUGAAGGAGAAGCUGAAGGAAAUCGAAGCUUCUGUUAUAAACAGGGUACAUGAGAAAUUAUCAGUAGAUCUAAAAACAGAAUAUGAAUCCCAGAUCGAGAAUAUACGUAGUUUGAAGGGUCUGUAUGAGGAGCGUAUGAAAGUCAUACUUUCAGAGAAAGAUAAACUCGUUCAGGAUUCUGAAGAGAAAUCUCAGCAUCUAAAAGCAGAAAUUAAAAAGUCAGCAGAAUUUGAACAGCAACUAGCAGAAUUGAAAGUAUCACUGUCACAGAAGGAAGAAGAAAACUCAAAUUUGCAGAUACAGCUUGAUGAUUCUGAGGACAAAAGUAAAGGUUUGGCCAAUGAACUGUCACACAUAAACAAUCUGUUCACUCAGAUGUUAGUUGGCAGCACAACAACUGAUAUGGAUCUUGACAGACUCACUAGACUACUUCAAGAAAACCAUGAUCUUAUCACAGAAAUAACCAUUAAGGAAGACUCUAGUGAAGCUGCUGCCACUUUGCCAAAAUUAUUGUUAGAUCUAGUGACACAAGUGGACAGUGGAACAGCUUCAACAUCAAGCUCUCCAACGGGGGAGAGGACUGAAGAUAAUCCAUUGGCGCUUGAGACACCCCCUCCUCCAAUUGUUCAUGGCCUCACAGCAGAAGAUGUGCCUGGAAUGAACAGUAAAAGUACUGAAGAAUCUGCUAAUGGCAUGGCAGUUGAAGAUAUAGCUCUUAAUCUACCCAAAGUGUGGAAGGUUCUCAUGGAACUACUUAGUCAUCAUGUAACUCCAAGUUAUGUUGGAGACCGUGAGGAUAGUAAAAAUAGUUGUUAUAAAAGUGUUGAUACACCAUCUGGCCCUCGUCUGGUAAUAAGUGUUAGUAAGACGUUCCUUCGACUCAAAGACUUGAUUUUAGAAAAGAAAUCACUUCAAAAGGAGCUGACUCGCCUGAAACAGUUGAAUGGGCACUUAGAAUCUAAGCUGAAUGAUCAAGAACACAAGCUAUCUCUAGUAUCAUCCGAACUGAGAAAAACAUGGAAUGUUGUUGAUCGGAUGCAAACCCAGCAUCAACAGCUGCACACUCAUGAGAAGAUAUUACGCUAUGAGCUUCAUGAGAAACGAAAGAUGCUCAAUGAGUUGAAACAGGAACUGGAGUAUUGCCGUGAAAAGUGGGAGCGUGCCCGACAAAAAAACUCGGAAUCUGAACUGGAAUGGAAGAAACUCAGAAAGGAGUUUGCAUCACGUAAACAACACCCUAUGGACUUGCUCAACAACUCAGGUGAAAGUGGUUUUUCAGAUGAGAGAGGAGAUGACAGCUGUGAAGAUGAUGAUGGAACCAGUAAGGAUACUGGGCAACUGGAUCCAGGGAUUGAGGAUCUCUCCAAUCUUCAUGGUGACUCAGGAAUUGUUCGCACAUCAUCUCCAUUAGACACAAAUUUCCCACAACCACGCUUGGUCCUCAGUUCCUCAAGUAUUCAUGAAGCCGAUACAUCAGGUAGUGUACUUGGACAGAGUGAGCUAUUGCUUGAUGAACCUAUUCUUUCAGGUACAAACAUAAUGUCAGCAUCUCCUCCUGUUCGUGAACGUGCAGAGCUAUUAAAUCAUUCUGAAUCUGAAUUAUUAUUGGGAUUAGAAACUGAGUUACAGCCUAACUCAGAAUGCUCAGGUCACAUUGAAUUGCAGCCACAUUCUUUAGACAUGUGCUUUGAUUCUCUGGAGCACAAUAUGAAAGAAGAAUGUAUGUCAGACUGUAGAAUAGAGCCACAGAUCCAUGGUGAUUGUUCAACAAUUUCAUUAAUCACACUGUUAAAACAACAGCUUGCAUUCUUCUCUAGAAACCUUGAUUGUAUAACAACAAGGACUGCUGACAUCACAGGAAAUAAUCUACAAGCUCUGGAAUCUAUAUUUUCAUUGCCUCCUAUUCAAAUUCCAAAAUCUUUACAUGAUAAUAUUACAAAGCAAGAUUAUUUUAAAUCCUUUUACUGUUGUGAACAAGGAGAUUCACUUCAUUUCAGUUCAUCACAUUGUGAACAUAUGUCCACAACACCUGUCUUUUGCAGUAAUGAUGAAAUUGUCAAGUCUGUCUGUUGUGCUUUUAAAUCAGAGCAUGAGGUGGUGCCUGGUGAAGCAGAUUCUCUAGGAGAAAACAAUACACCAAAUGACUGUCCACCAGAAAACAUAACUUCAGUAGAAACAGAUAAUACCAUUCAGUGUUCAGCAGAUGAAAGUACUAUGUUACAAGAACCAACUGUUGAAAAUUCCUUGUGUAACCAACAGAGUUCUCAUGAUGACUCAAGAAGUUCUGAGCAAUCAGGAACCGUGCAGUCUAGUCAAGAAAAUUUGAAGGUAAACAGGACACCUGAAGAAAUCGCAGAAGCUCGUGCAGCUAGGCUCAAGAGAUUGGAGGAACAGUGUCAACAGCUUUACAACAAAGUUACAAGGACCACCCACCGCAGCACUGCAUUAUGUAAUAGAUUAGAAGAAUUACACGAGCAGUAUGGAAGCAAUGAUCCCCCUGUAGGCACCGGAACUGAUUCAGAAAGCAGUGUUCCUGUUCCACCUCCUUUUCCGCAUGUUCUUCCCACCAGGCGGAUCCAGACGUCUGCAAUACUGUCUCAGAGGAAUGAUUCAGAAGAAGUAAUGGUCUCCCCGACUACUACAUCUUCAUUUGGGCAUACUCUUUAUUCUAGUCAGAUCCCAACAGAUGUAGAAGAUAAUGGAACAAUUGAAUCAAGAGAAACUAUAGAAACAAACAGUAUUCCUACGCCAUCUCCAUUCCCUCACAGUAUUCCUUCAUUUGAGAUCUCCGCUAGAGCUGAAUCAAUUGCAGCCGAAAUCAAUCAUGCUGAACAACAGUCAGGAAUUUCUAUUCCUACACCUCCUCCACUGCCACAUAUACUCAGGGGAAGACGGCUUCCAACUUAUUCUGUGCAGUCACAAAUUAAUGGUGAUAGCACAGCACACAGUGAAGACGAAACUACGACACAACGAAUUCCUAGCAUCACACAGACACAUGAAGAAAUGUCACAAGAAUCUACCAUCUCCUCUACAAGAAAUGAAGGCUAUUCAAACUCAAAUUUAAAAUAAAACUGUAUGAUUAUAAGGUACACCUGGAAGUUAAAAUAAACAUACUUUUACUGAACAGGCGAUCAAGAAGGUAGCAAGUGAGACAUAACUCAGCUGUAGUUGAAUAUAAGCAUUUAGUACAACCAGGAAAGAUAAAAUUCAUAGUCGAAAUUAGUUUUAAAUUAAGUUAAAUUCAUUUGUUACUUCUGUAACAAUUAUUCAAUUUAUAAUAGAAACUAUUCUUGUAACAUCUACAUACUUCUUACAUAUGUAUGAUGUAACAUGAGUACUGGUGCUGUUCAGUGUAAGUGUAAAGUUUAUUGUAAAUACAGUUCAGUAUUUGUAAAAAUGACAUAUUUUUAUACUGUUUGUAGCAGGAUGGUAGAAAAUCUUGUAGACAUAUCUGUGAUCUUGUUUUACACAUUAAUUUCUUAUAUACAGUGCAUAGUGGCACUUUCUAUUUUGUUCAAACAAAAGACUUAAGAAUGAUGUUAUUUCAUAUCUUUUCAUUAAUGACAUAAAAAUAUACUAAUUCUGUAAGAUCAAAUCUGUAAAAAGUUGGUCAUGAUUACAAAUUUUAUUAUGAAUGUGGAUAUAAAUUUUUUAAUCAGAAAUUUGGUAAUAUAAUAUAUAAACAUAACAC